AUGGAGAAGCAGGAAUCUUUGGGGGCUGCUAGCGGCCUCGACGGAGAAUCUCCUGGAGGGCCAACCAGGGGAGUUCCCCGAGGCAUCGGAGGAGUCGAGGCAGGCGCCGGGCUGCCCUCCGGAGUAACCAUGUUUCACGGCUCUGGGCCCCCCAUACACUCCGGGGGAACCGUAAUUGGCAGUCCUGGUUCUAGCCAGCCCUCAGGAGGGACAGCAGUCCUCGGUUCCGACCUCAACCGGCAUCCCGGGUCCGGUACACACCCUGGCGGGCUUAAUCCCCCCUUCCCUGAAAACAGUGUAUCCGGGACGUCCAACCUGGGGUCCGGGGGACCUGGGGUGUACAACUCGGGAUACGUUCCGCACUCCGGGUCAACUUGCAUGCACCCCGACAAACCCUGUGAGGACCGGCCCCGGAGCAUACUAAAAAACAGCAGCUCCACCGUGAUGCACAAAUCCCCCAGGGCGGAGAGGAAAAAGUCUCAGCGCUGGGAUGAAAUGAAUAUUCUGGCUACCUACCACCCUUCUGACAAGGACUAUGGAUUUAUGAGGGUGGAUGAGCCCCGCACUCCCUAUCACAGGCUGCAGGACAUCGAUGAAGACCUGCUCUCGGGGACCUCUCACACAAUGACUCCUGAGGAGCUAGCAGAGAGGUUUGCAACAAUGGACAAUUUCUGCCCCAAGGUCUUCCUGUACAGUGAUAACAGAAGCUCAGGGUCUUCAGACAACUUUUCCAAGACACAAUCCAGUGAUUUCGAAAAGCGCCGCAAGGCACACUACAAUGAAGGAAAGUUCCUCAAGGCUCGGAAAAACCUGCCCUUGGAUAAUAACAAGAACAGCAGUGUGGGUGGUGUCAGUAUGAGCAAUGGCAGUCGAGAUGUGAUGCUGGCCUCAGAGCCCAGGCCUGUGGAGAGAGGCGGGGCAAGAGGACAGACCAGGGGAGUCAAAGAUGAGCGUGGCCUGGUGGCCAGGAACCACUUCCUAGGAGUCAAAGGUUAG